ACUAACUCGUUAUUGAGGAGUCGAUGAUUAUUGCAACCUCCUUUCAAUAAUUUUCUCUGUUCCUUGAUUCAAAGUAUGUAACAAGUAAUACCGAAUCAUGGUAUUGUAAUGUUCAAGACACUUUAAGUGACAGACGAAUGAAUCAACUCAGUUUAUUUACUUACAAAUUGUAGCAGUAGAAAAAAUUAAACAACAUUUCAUUAUAUGCAUGUAAGGUUGACAGUAAUGUAAGUCUGAAGCUUUCAAAUACGUAUAACGAAAGAUAACACGGUAAUAUAAUUGCUCCGUAGAAUAUUCAUUGUUAAGAAAUUUUGAUAUUUAACAUCGGUAGAAAAUCAUUCGUACUUUAAAGAGAAAAGCGUCGUUUUAUUUAUCUUUCUUAUAUUCAGUAAUUCUAAAAUACGAGGUUAGAUGGUGAAAAUGACAUCUCUAGAUGAAGGGAAAAUAAAGCAAAGCUUAUCAAAGUAUCAAAAUGCUGACAUCACUAAGAAACAUGUCAUGAAAGUUUUGAGUCUUUAUAAGGGUCUAAAAUAUAAUGUAGAACCAUUUGUAUUUAAUGAUGGAUCACGCAAAGAAUUGUUUAAUUUACAAGGAACAAUACCUGUCUCUUUUAAAGGUACCUAUUACAACAUUCCUAUAUGUAUAUGGUUAAUGGAUACACAUCCUAAUAAUGCACCUAUGUGCUAUGUUAAGCCUACUGCUGAUAUGGACAUUAAAGUGAGCAUGUUUGUUGAUCAUAAUGGGAAAAUUUAUUUACCAUAUCUUCAUGAUUGGGUGCCACACUCAUCUGAUUUACUUAGUCUAAUUCAAAUAAUGAUUGUAACAUUUGGAGACCAACCACCUGUUUAUGCUAAACCACGACAAGGUAUACAAACAAGUUCUACACCUUAUCCAGUACAACCUUUCAUGCCUGUACCUGGAAGUGGAACACAUAUACCUGGUUCUAAUUUCCCACCAUAUCCACAAAAUUCGCAGUAUCCAGGUGGGAGUAAUAUUUAUUCUCCAUACAUGUCUACUACAUCUUCUGGGUUUCCAUACCAGGGCUCGUACGGUUCAUAUGGAGGAAGUGCAUCAAAUUAUCCAUCACAGGGAUGUACUGGUUCCUUUCCAUAUCCUCCAUCAACACAGCCAUCACCAACAGUGCCUGCCACAGCUGGUGCAUCAGGUACAAUUACAGAAGAACAUAUUAGAGCAUCUUUAUUGUCAGCAGUAGAAGAUAAAUUAAGACGAAGACUUAAAGAACAGUUCUCACAAUUGGUAGCCGAGCUGGAAACGUUACGUCGAACACAACAAGAACUCACAAGCGGAUUUACCCAUCUUACCGACUUAUUCGAAAGAUUAAAAAAAGAGAAAGCCGAACUUGAAAAAAAUAUAACUAUACUCCAAGACAAAGAAGCUGAAUUGGAAAAAGAAAUUGCAAAACUUUCUGACAAUCAGUCAAUAGAUGUUGAUGAAGCUGUUACAACGAUCGCACCACUUUAUAAACAAAUGUUAAACGCGUUUGCGGAAGAAGCAGCCACAGAAGAUGCUAUAUAUUAUUUGGGUGAAGCUUUACGUUGUGGUAUCAUAGAUUUAGAUGCAUUUUUGAAACAAGUGCGACAGCUUUCACGCAGACAAUUUAUGCUGAGAGCACUUAUGCAACGCUGUCGCCAAAAAGCGGGUUUGGCUGGUUAAACAUUAUACUCAAUUUUUACGAAGUUACACUAUUCAAUAUUUUAUUUUAUUACAAAUGAUGUACGCAAAACAAACUAUAUAAAUCCCACAAUAAUAGAGGGAUAGAGAUAUAUGUUAUAAAAAAGAAGCAUCCUCGUUAUAGAAAUUGUAUGCUAUAUAUACAGUGAUGUAUUUUUGUUUCAUGUUCUAUACAUUUUGUUCAUAACAAAGGACUUGAACGUAAAACUUUUAUACAUAAAACUGAACAAAAAACAUACACAAACACAUACAUAUAUAUAUAUACACACACACACAAAAUGAACGAAUGAAGGUUUAAACAAUUAUACUAAAAAUAAAUAUCUUUGUUUUACGAAAUUAUAUUUCAAAAUGUAAUGUAUUUAAAAAUGUGUAAAAAGUGUGUAGUUUUUAAUUGACUUUUUUAAAACUAUUGAAAGAAGUCAUAUACCUCAAAUAGUGACUUUAGAUACAUAUUAAAAAAUAUAAAUGCUUGUUCACUGUGUGAUAAAUGUAUAGAUUGAUCACUACAUUGCACGAUUUAGUAAAAAUACAUUGUUUUUAUUCCUAA